UCAGUGAAUUUCACACUCAUGACGUGUAAAUUGUAUGAUAUGAAACAUGGCGGCUCACAGCGAUUCCGACGAAGAAGAAACGUUUGUAACGCUUGGUACAGCUUUAGAAAUCCCAGAUGAUGAUGAACCUUUAAAGAAACCUGUUCGAGUUGAAGAUAUCCAAGCUACUGAUAGCAAAGGAAGGCCAAGAUUUCAUGGAGCAUUCACUGGGGGAUUCUCUGCUGGUUAUUUCAACUCUGUAGGAUCAAAGGAAGGAUGGACACCAUCAACAUUUGUUUCGUCAAGAGAUAGACAGCCAGAGGAAAAAUAUGGACAGAGACCUGAAGACUUUAUGGAUGAAGAUGAUAUGGGGGAGUACGGUAUAGCACCAAGAAAAUAUGUGACUGGCUCACAGUUUACAUCAGAAGAGAGGAAGAAGAGACGACUGGUUGAGGCCCAGAGAGCCACUUCAGAUUCUAUAAUACCUGGAGAAUCUGCACUCCUCAAUUUAAUUGUACCAGAAAGGAUAACGAUUGGUGUUAAAUUACUGCGCAAGAUGGGAUGGAAGGAAGGACAGGGUGUUGGACCAAGACUCAGUCGAAAACAGAAAAAAAAAUCCGGACAGAAAGUGUAUGGUUGUUCCAUGCCUCCAAGCCCAGACAGUGAUGAUGGUUUAGAUGAUGAAUCUGUCCUGUCUGAUGUUACCUAUGCUCCAAGAGACUGUGCUCAGAUACUUCUGUCAGCAAAGGACAACACACACGGUCUUGGGUACCGAGGUCUUGAUCCCAGAAAAGCUCUACCGUCUUCACAUAUUAAUCUGUUUGAAGCUCCGAGGGUAACAAAAGGCGGCUCCAGUAGGAAAGGUAUUCGAGGACAGGGAUUUGGUGUAGGAGCUCUGGAGGAGGAUGAUGAUGAUAUAUAUGCUGUUGACAGCAUGUCUAACUAUGAUAUGACAAUGGGAGGAGAAGAGGAUGAUAAAUUUGGCUGGACUGGACCUUCUGGCAAACGUCAAACCGAGACUCCAGUAGGUUAUGUGGGUAAAAUGUUGGAUGGUUUUACAUUGUCUGCUAAGAAACUUGUACAAAAGAAAGAUUUUCCCCCACCAAAACUUCCCAGGGAUUUCAGACCGGUACACAGCUUUACAAAGCAGGAAGACUCGGGGAACAUUCUUUCAACACAGUCUAGUGCAGGUGUUGAUUACAGACAGUUUCUUAAACCAGCAGACGCCACUCAGAGCACAUUGGCUGGUUCCUCACAACACACUAUUGGUUUCUCACAACAAAUUGCUGGUCCCUCUCGACAAACUGCUGGUUCUAGUACACAGUCAAGGGAAGAUAGAAACAAAUAUAAGGAUGCCUCAGCAAGGAGUCUAGCACUUGGAGAGAAAGCUUUUGUUGGUUCAGUGUUCGACCUUAUCCCACAAGAGGACAAAAAUAAGAUGGAGAAAGUUAAACAGGGAACCAGUCAAGUGUCGGGACCAUCUACAUCCACAGCUCUGGUUCCCAGCAGUACUGAUGCAUCAUCUUUACAGAGCACAGAGAAGCCAGGAAACAUAGAGGAACAGAGAAUGAAGAAUGUGCCAUUGUUCCAAGGAGGGUUUAAACCUUUCAAGAAAGAUCCAGGAAAACAACAGAGAUAUGAGAAAUACUUGGAGAUGGUGAAACAGGGACAUAAAGAUCCAUAUUCUGCCAUUGCGACCUCUGACAUGACAGCAUGGGAGAUAGAACAUGAGAAAGAAGAGUUUCAUCAAGCAUCAAAGUUGUAUCGCCCUCUAGCAGGAAUGAUGGCAAUGAGGUUCACGAGGGGAGGUAAUGUUGAUGAUCAGAAAGAAGAGAUCAAAGCUGAGAAAUUAGUUGAUACAAGUGAUGCUGGAAAGGCAGCUGCUAUGAAGAUGUACGGUAAACUGACGAGAGAGGUGCUAGAAUGGCAUCCAGACAAACUUGUGUGUAAACGUUUUAAUGUGCCAAACCCAUACCCAGGGUCUACAAUAGUUGGUCUAGCCACUGUAAAAAGGGAUAAAUAUUCCGUAUUCAACUUCCUCAACUUUUCUAACCCUACACAGCAAGAUCAGACUGAAGUUCCAUCUCAGCAUGAACAAUGCCACUCACCUCCCCAGGAGCAGUCGAAGGUUUCACAACCAGAGAGCAGAGUCGACAAGGAACUUAACAAAUCAAAAUCAAUGAAGUCUAUAUUUAGCCAUCUAGUUGAAACAGAGAAAGAGACUCAGAAAAGUACAAAACCUGUGUCAUUUAGUAUGAAACCAGCUAAAUCAAAUAAACCCAAAGAGUUUAAAUCAAUAUUUAGUCAUCUUGAAAAAGAAGAAAAUACUGUGAAAUCAGUGAAAGAUGACCCAGUUGCCAUCGAAACAGAUACACAAGAAAAGGACAAACUCCAGGAAACAGAAAAAUCUGCGGAUAGAAAUAGUGAUUUGUUGAUAAAGUCCAGUCAAAAGAAAGAUGGUGAACCAGACAUGGAUUUGUACAGAGCCAUAUUUAAGAACACAGACUCAGAGGAUAGUUCUAGUUCUGAGGAGGAAGAGACCAGAAAGGAUCGUUCUGAACACACUGGUUCAAAGGAUAGUUCUGACAAAAUGGAGACAGAUGCAGCAGUUGAUAAGUCAAGUAGUAAUGUCCGGGGAAUUGAAGUUCAGGAAGAGCCUGAAGUGGGAUCUUUACCAGGAAGUGGAGAACCAAUGGAAACACUCAGUUCGAGACUGUCACCCCAGCCAGAAUCUGAUGAAUCUGAUGCUUACGGACCAGUCCUACCUCCUGGGCCCAGUGAUGAAGGUGGAGGUUUGGGAAGUUCAAGUGCACCUGGUCAUGCCACAGAAUAUGUAGACCUGACAAAAUCACGUACACCUGAGUAUAUAGACCUGACAAAACAGUCGUCCAGGAAACAUAAACACAAGGAUAAACACAAACAUAAAAGCAAGAAAGACAAAAAGGACAAACAUAAGAAAAGUAAGCAUAAAAAAAAGAAUAAGAAGAAAGAGAAAAAGAGAAACAAAAAACAGAGUGAUUCCAGUGACUCAGAUACAACGGAUAAAGAUACUGAUGAUGAUGAAGAUGGUGAUGAAGCUGCAACUGAUAGAGAAAUUUUAAACAGGUUGAAGUCUAUGAAAUCUGGACAAAGGAUGAGAGCUGCAGACUCUUUGUAAUGUUGAGACUGAUAGUCUGGAUGACAGCUACACAAACUAAAAUUCAGAGGAUAUAUUUGACAACAUUCCAGUGGUAGAAAGGUUGAAAACCAGACAUCAGAUGUUGUAAAAUAACAAAACAGCCCAAUGCUGAUGUUAAGUGGACUGUUCAAAACAAAGACAUUGAAAAUUUUUCAAAUUUCAUUCUGUGAUUUGUGAAAAUGGGGGCACUUUGAGAAAAUGUCCAGACUACUGUAAUUGUUGAGGUAAAGAAGAUACUGUUACGUAUAGUACAUAAUACUGUUAACACUAGUGUGCUAAAUAUACUGUGUUUGCAAUUUUUGCAGUUAACUUGACUUCUUCACAUAAAAUAUAAUAAGUUAGUUACAAAGAAAAUGUAUAUUUUAUGUCUUUCAUACUACAUUGUAUUACAGAACUAUGAAUAAUAGAUGAACCCAUUUUCACAUUUGAUUAACUCUGUAAUUGACAACCAUGGUGGUUAUAAUGUUCUUUGUUCACAUGAUUUGUGACAUAUUUUUUGUUAAUAAUUGAUGCAGAAUUAUAGACUUUUGUAAAGAGUUUCUGCAGAUAAAAAGAAAAAAAAGAG